GGGGUGGGCAGGAGACUGCGCAGAGCGCCUCGCCCGCCCCCAAGGUGGCGGCGCAGGCGGAGCCGGGGAGGCCCCGCCCCGCCGUGCGCUGAGAGCGGGCGGAGGCAGCGGAGCGCUGCAAUAUGGCGGCGUCUGGCAGCGGCGGCAGCCGGGCGGAUAACGGCUACGGUAGUCAGCAGCAGCCGCGGCGGAGGAAGGGCCCAGGUGCCCUGGCCACGGCCUACCUCGUUAUCUACAACGUGGUGAUGACAGCGGGAUGGCUUGUUAUUGCAGUUGGGCUAGUUCGAGCAUACCUGGCUAAAGGUAGCUACCAUAGCCUUUACUAUUCAAUAGAAAAGCCCUUGAAAUUCUUCCAGACUGGAGCUUUGCUUGAGAUUCUGCACUGUGCACUUGGCAUUGUUCCCUCUUCUGUCGUUCUGACUGCUUUCCAAGUGAUGUCAAGGGUUUUCCUGACCUGGGCAGUAACACAUAGUGUAAAAGAGGUACAAACUGAAGACAGUGUCCUGUUGUUUGUUGUGGCCUGGACAAUCACUGAGAUAAUCCGUUACUCCUUCUAUACCUUCAGCUUGUUAAACCAUCUCCCUUACCUCAUCAAAUGGGCCAGGUACACAUUGUUUAUAAUACUGUAUCCAAUGGGAGUCUCAGGCGAAUUACUCACAAUAUAUGCUGCAUUACCCUUCGUCAGGCAGUCUGGCUUGUACUCCAUCAGUUUGCCUAACAAGUACAAUUUUUCUUUUGACUACUACACAUUCCUGAUCCUGGUUAUGAUCUCUUACAUUCCAAUCUUUCCUCAGCUGUAUUUUCAUAUGCUACAUCAGAGGCGAAAGGUACUCUCCCACACUGAAGAACACAAGAAGUCAGAGUAAUUUCAACACUUUUCAGAACUUUUCAGACAUCAAAAUGCUGCAGAUUUUCAAUACUCAGCACAUUUAUAAAGAGUAUACCAAGAUAAAAUAAGUCACAGGUAAAAGACCAAUGAUGGGCAAAUAUAUUUGACAAACCUGAUUUCACUGAAAUUCCACGAUGUAAAACAUUUAAAUAAUUUAUAGCUUGCAGUGCUUCAGAAAACUUUUAAUCUUUAUAUGCCAUGGCAUUUAGCCUUUUCCUUAAAUGAUGUGCUAAAUGGUUUUCAUUUCUUACUAAAUGCCUGGAGGUUACAGUAUGAGGGAUGAAGUUGUACCCACUAAAUGCUUGAAUUGGGAGUAUAUUACUGAUACCUCUUUCUUUUUAAAUUGCUUGACUGCAUGCCAGAAACUGUAUGUAUUGCUGUGAAAGCAGAUAAUAUGCUCUGGAGUACUUCAGGAUUUAGUCAGAGAGUCCAGUAGAGAAUAAUCUGGGCAAAGUGCUUGAAUGUAGAAACGUAGGAUGUGCAUUUAAAAGGUGAUGGGAACAAGAGUAGAAAAUCUAUUACGGGAAAUGAGGGGAAUGUGGUUCUGUAGGAAUUUAAGCAGUAGCGUGUCUGACCAGAGCAUGUUUUCUGAAGAUCUUGUUCAAGGUGAUUACUCAAGUCCUCAUGUUAAUUCAGAAGCUGUUGUGCUUAAUCUGAAACACCAGAAGUCUAAGUACUGCAUCCCUGGAUACAUUUUUAAGUAUUAAAAAAAUAAGUACUGCCUGUAUUAAAUAUUUCUAGUGAUAUCAGUAAUGAAUCUAAACAAUAUGAAGAGGCAGGUCACCUAGAAACAGGUGCAGUUUCUCCCUUUUUUACUUUAAAUUAUCAUCUCUAAUCACUGUCCACUGUCUCAGUGGUCCUUUUCUUUCAGUGUUGAGGACUAUUUGGUCUACUGUAGAAUCAUGUGAGGGCCUUGUUCCUCAACCUAACUUUUCUUAAGUGGCUAAUGUGUAUCACUCUGGCACAUCCAAGCUGGCAGUUCCAGGCACUGAGCUUCUGAAGUGUUGCAAAGUCAUAAGCUCCUUCUUUGAAAGCAGAUUAUCUUGUGUGUUACACGCUGCUUUUGCAAAUUGGACAAGCCUUCCCUCAUCUGUUGUUUUGGAAGAGCUGAUGUUUAUAGAAGUUAAAUUUUCCAAGGUGCUAUGAGUUCUCAGACUAAGCCUUCCCUUGGGAAUGUAAAAUAGAAAAUGAAAGAACUGAGAAAACCUUACGGUGAGCCAGGAAGCGCUAGUGCAUCAGCAAGCAGUGCCCCAGGUCAUGAACUAUCUGUUGGAGGGCAGGGGGUGGAGAACAGGAGAGACAAAGAGCAUGGAAAUGAAUAGGUAUCCAAGCAAAGACACAAGGAAAUACAGGUUCUGGCCUUGGCUGUUUGGAAUUGAUAGUCAAAUAGUGCUAUCUAGCACCCAGUCAGAGCCACUAAACAACACAAGGGCUUCUUUUGACUUCCAUCUUGUAACAUGAUAAUUAGUACAUGAAUGAGAUGUGACCACUACCAUGGUACGUGCAAUACUAGUUUUGUGCUGUGUCUGCCAGUGCCUCUCCCUGGACAUGGCCCAUAUCUGUGUCCCUGUUAGUUGUGCUUGACAGAUAGCAGCUCUCACUAAACAUAGCCAGCAAGCACUAAGGGCACAGGCUCUCCACUCCAGCACUUAGAGAGAGAUGGAUUUCCAGUUAUUUUACUUUAUGUUUGUUAGAUCAGUAUUUUUUUUUUAAAAGAAGAGCUUUGGGUUUUUAAGUCAUUUCCUUUGGCUUCAUCAGAAAGUCUGACUGAAUUUUCCUAGCACUCACUAACGCACGUCACCUUUCCUGUUCAACACAAACAGGACUACUGUAAGCAGGGAGAAGUUAAGAAAAAUGAUCUUUGCUUCUAUUUUAAACCUUUCAGAACAGAUAUUAGCUGUAAUCAAAUGCUAAGGCCACAGAGAAUCUCAAAGUGGCUUUGCCUUCAAAGAUGCAGCAAUUUCAUUUCACUUCUCGAUUAGGUUAUGUAAAGCUUUGUUGCAGUGAUCAGAGAAAUGUUGCAUUAAAUUAAACUCAGCAUUUCAAAGUGUGACCUUCCACCUCAGAACAAAACAUCUCCUUUUGCUUAUACUUACUAUCAAAGGAGUUAGUAUUUCUGUCUUCUGAAAGAUCUGGUUUCCUCAUGUACUCAACAACUUGAUUUGAUUUCAGUGUCCAGUAAAAGAUUUGAUUUCAAAUGUGUUGAUCCAGUUUGGAAAAAAGAAAAGAAAAAUGCUGUGAAAUACUCCUAUAGCAAACAAAUCCAUAGUUCUGUUGUUGAGAAGGAUGUAGUACAGAUCUGCAUUAGAUAGCACUGGCACUACAGAAAAGCAGAGAGCACUGCUAGUAGGAAGAACACUUAGGCAACUGAUGUCAUGACUGAAUAAGCUCUAGUAUAGAAUAUUAAAUUUAAAAUAUCAGUGCAGCAUGCACACAAAUGCAAAUUAGAGUCUUUUAAAAGAAAAUUGAGUUACUUUUAAAAGAAGAAAUUGCUUUAAGUAUUAUUAGCAAAGUUGAUUUAAUAACUAUAUUCUGAAGUAUGAAUUUGCAGUUAGUAUGUACAAGAACUACAGCACUUCAGUUUGCAGUGUGUUUUCAAAUUCAGUUUCCGUGGAAGACACUGGAAGGUGAUCUUGGGCAAGCCCUGUAGUGUGAUGCCGUAACGCUACUUGAGUUUUACCCUGAUACUGACUUGGGUCACAUGUGGAUUUUUUUUCUUCCUCGUAAAACAAGAAUAAAUUUCCCCUCAUCUGUCACCAAACUGAUAAUGUGGUUUGAGUGAACUUUGUAGUAGAAGCGUUGAUUAGCACUCUGUCACAAUCUGGAAGUUUUUUUUUCCCCUCCCACUUGGGUUGCAUGUUUUCUGUCUGCAUCACCAACCUUGUGCAGCAGAUAUGUUUUCUGCUUUGGUAGCUUCUGUGUUGUGUGCACUGGUUCAAUCAACAAUACUUUUUAUGUUCUACCUUUGCUGGCUUUGUUCAAGUUAGUCAUUGCCCUCUAAAAGACCAAGGUUCUUACCAGUGUACAGUUUACAACUGGAACUAUAGAAAUGUUCAUAUUGUAAAUUACAGUAAGAUGCAGGUUACAGUGGAGGCAAAUUGUAAUUUUUCACAAUGUGAUGUUUCUAUCAAAGUUUUUUUAAUUAUUAUUUAUCAGUAGAAAGGUUGGCAUUUGUGUGGACCAAUCUGCAGUGUCAUUUUAAAACCUAUCUUUCAGCUUCAAAUUUUCAUGAGUAUGCAUCAAAUCAUACAUUUUGAUGUAUAUUUAUGUCAGUGAAAUUUGGGUGAAAACAGCCAUUUUUGUAUUUUUUUCUAUGUUGUGAAGACUAAAACUGUAAUUUUAUAAGUGAUUCACUAAGAUUAUUAUAAGUUAAAUGUAUUUUUUGUAUAUUUAGGAAUCUGGUAUUACCUGGAGCUCUGAAAGAUUAAGCAUAGACUUCUUAUGCAUGAUUGGAAGAUAUUUCUACUUGGUAAUGCAGUGAAAUGGUUUGUAUGCUAAAAUACUAGUCCAUGUUGUUUCCUUGUGAAAUUGAUUCUGUGCUCUCUGCCUGGAUUUGGCCUACUGAUCAGUGAUACUAAAUGCUAUACUCCAAAUAAAAUCAUUCUAGACAAAA